AUGAGAGGGGGAGGACUGUGGCAGCUGGGCCAAUCAAUCGCCCGCCAACUCGCCCGCCCUGAUCACAAGAAGUCCUCAUCGGCAGCCAGCGCCGCCGCCGCCCGCCGUUACUUCGCAUCCGGCGGCGGGGACCUCAAGAAGACGGUCCUCUACGACUUCCACGUCGAGCACGGCGGCAAGAUGGUGCCUUUCGCCGGCUGGAGCAUGCCAAUCCAGUACAAGGACUCAAUCAUGGACUCCACCGUCAAUUGCAGGGAGAACGGCAGCCUCUUCGACGUGUCCCACAUGUGCGGGCUCAGCCUCAAGGGGAAAGACGCCAUUGCUUUCCUGGAGAAGCUUGUGAUUGCUGAUGUGGCUAGCCUUGCCCCCGGGACGGGCAGCCUCACCGUGUUCACAAAUGAAAAGGGUGGUGCCAUUGAUGAUUCGGUUAUCACCAAGGUCACUGAGGACCACAUUUACUUGGUGGUCAAUGCUGGCUGUAGGGAUAAGGAUUUGGCUCACAUUGAGGAGCAUAUGAAGGCUUUCAAGGCUAAAGGUGGAGAUGUCGCUUGGCAUAUCCAUGAUGAGAGAUCCCUGCUUGCUCUCCAGGGCCCUCUUGCUGCUCCAGUCCUUCAACACUUGACAAAGGACGAUUUGAGCAAGUUUUAUUUUGGCGAGUUCCGUAUUCUGGAAAUCAAUGGAGCUACCUGCUUCCUCACUCGAACUGGGUACACAGGCGAAGACGGGUUCGAGAUCUCGGUCCCUUCAGAGAACGCACUGGACCUUGCCAAAGCCCUCCUGGAGAAAUCCGAAGGCAAGAUAAGGCUGACAGGUCUCGGCGCCCGUGACAGCCUGCGCCUCGAAGCUGGCCUCUGCCUCUAUGGCAACGACAUGGAACAGCACAUAACUCCCGUCGAGGCAGGCCUCACUUGGGCCAUAGGGAAGCGCAGGAGAGCCGAGGGUGGCUUCCUGGGCGCGGAGGUGAUUCUGAAGCAGCUCGCUGAUGGCCCAACGAUCAGGCGAGUUGGGUUCACUUCCUCGGGCCCUCCGCCGCGAUCUCACAGCGAGAUUCAGGAUGCUAGUGGCGCGAACAUAGGCGAAGUGACGAGCGGAGGGUUCAGUCCUUGCCUGAAGAAGAACAUAUCCAUGGGGUACGUGAAAUCUGGGUUGCACAAGGCCGGUACCAACGUGAAGUUGGUGGUAAGAGGGAAGGCUUAUGAUGGUGUUGUCACGAAGAUGCCGUUCGUGCCCACCAAAUACUACAAGCCGUCAUAAAGUCAUAGCUCCUUCGUUU